AUGGGAGCCCCUUCAGUAUUUGAUGUUAUUAAGCUUUUAUUCAAUCCAGAUGUGUCAAAAAAACUUAUCUUGCGAAUAGCUUAUCAGCAAUUGAGUGCAAUUGGGUUAGCAAAGAUCUUAUCAGCUGUCCUUGGAUCAACUAUUGUUGGUGUUUCAUCAAUUAUCAAGAUUCCUCAAAUUAAGAAGAUUAUAAAUCCAAAGUUGUUGACUCAAAAGGUUUCUGUAACUCGGGGGUUAUCGUUAGAGGGAAUCAGGUUAGAAACAUUGGUUUACUUGGUUCACGUUCUUUACAAUCGCCAAAGUAAAAACAAGUUUGUCAACUACGGUGAAGCCUUUUUGCUAGGGAUACAAAACGUCGCUAUUAUCUUAUUAAUUGAAUAUUACAACCUUAGAUCCAAAUUAGCAAAUAAGGACACCUUAUCUGAAAAGGAACAAAUUGAAACAGCCUUGAAGGAGCUUGUAGCGCCAAUCUCAAUUAUAGUGGGAAUUGUUGUUUUCUUGACUAAGAUCGCUGAGCCUUCUCUUGUCGAAGCGUUGCAAGUGUUGAAUAUCCCUCUCUCAAUAAUCUCUAAAUUACCCCAAAUUAAGCAAAACUACGAUUUAAAAUCAACUAGCCACUUAUCUGAAAUAACAGUUGGUGCAAACGUACUUGGAUCUUUGAUGAGGGUCUUCACUACUAUCCAAAGCUUUAACAGAUUAGGUAGAGACUACAUUUUAUUAGCAGGGUACACUUCUUCCUUUAUUGUUAAUUCAUUUGUUGCAGGCCAAUGCUAUUAUUAUAAAAAAUUAUACAAGAGGGAUGAAGAUGCCGAUAGUAAACUUCAAUAG